CACCCCGGCUUGAACGCGUGUAAUAGGAAGCACUGCCUCCCUCCUUCAUGCGUAAAUUAUGUAGGGCAGGACGGGAAUGCUGUGCUACCUCCAUUUGAGAAAACCCGGCCGGUGAAUGUGAGGGGGGAAAACACCAAAAGACGAAUUCAAGCAGCGUUUCGACUGAGCAUCACGACCUGCCUCUUGUGAAGCAAAGGAGAGGAAAAUAUGGACAUCACGGACCAAGGAGCUCAAAUGGAGCCGCUCUUACCCACGGAACCAAGUUCCCAAGGAAGUACAGAUGUGAGAGCUGAUGAGGAGGCAGUGGUGGACCGUGGGGGCACGCGCUCCAUGCUCAACACCAACUUUGAGAAGGAAGAACUCGAAGGUCACCGCACUCUCUACAUCGGGGUUCACGUUCCUCUGGGCAGGAGGUCGCACCGACGUCACCGUCACCAUGGACACAAACACAGGAAGAGGUCCAAGGAGAGGGACUCUACAACUGAUGAUGGAAGAGAAUCUCCGUCUCACACAGACACACCAGCUCAGAGGGUGCAGUUCCUGUUGGGGACAGAGGAUGCCGAUGAGGAACACAUUCCUCAUGCCCUGUUUACGGAGCUAGACGAAAUCUGCCUCAGGGAGGGUGAGGACGCAGAAUGGAAAGAGACAGCCAGGUGGCUCAAGUUUGAGGAGGAUGUUGAGGACGGUGGUGAGCGGUGGAGUAAACCCUACGUAGCCACUCUGUCUCUACACAGCCUUUUUGAGCUUCGUAGCUGCAUCAUGAACGGCACCGUGAUGCUGGACAUGAGGGCCAACUCGCUGGAGGAGAUCGCAGAUAUGGUUCUGGAUCAGCACGAGCUGUCAGGUCCUGUAGGUCCAGAAGCCAGGAGGAGGAUCCGCGAGGCUCUGCUCAAACAGCACCACCACCAAAACCACAAGAAACUGGCCAACCGCAUACCCAUCGUACGCUCCUUCGCUGAUAUCGGCAAGAAGCAAUCUGAGCCUCAUUCCAUGGACAAGAAUGGCCAAACAGUCUCACCUCAGUCCCAGUCGACUAACAAUGAUGGCAAACAGGACGUGAGCAGAGAAAACAGUGCUGUGGACUUCAGCAAGAUUGACCUCCACUUCAUGAAGAAGAUCCCUCCCGGUGCUGAGGCGUCUAACGUCCUAGUGGGGGAGCUGGAAUUCUUAGAGCGCCCCGUGGUGGCCUUUGUCCGCCUGUCCCCUGCUGUGCUGCUCAACGGCCUGGCUGAGGUUCCCAUCACUACAAGGUUUCUUUUCAUCCUGCUAGGCCCUUUGGGAAAAGGUCCACAGUAUCAUGAAAUUGGCCGGUCUAUUGCUACACUCAUGACUGACGAGAUUUUCCAUGAUGUUGCUUACAAGGCCAAAGACAGGAAUGACCUGGUGGCAGGCAUCGAUGAGUUUCUGGACCAGGUGACAGUGUUACCUCCUGGAGAGUGGGACCCCUCCAUCAGAAUAGAACCUCCCAAAAACGUGCCCUCUCAGGAAAAGCGAAAGAUUCCCCCUCUUCCCAACGGAGUGACAGAUCUUGGAGAGUCGGAGGACCACGGAGGACACGGUGGGCCUGAGCUGCAGCGCACUGGGAGGCUUUUUGGAGGGUUGUUCUUGGACAUUAAACGGAAGGCCCCUCAUUACCUUUCCGACUUCAAAGAUGCCAUCAGCCUGCAGUGUCUGGCCUCCUUCCUCUUUCUCUACUGCGCCUGCAUGUCACCCGUCAUCACCUUUGGAGGACUCCUGGGGGAGGCCACAGAGGGACGGGUGAGUGCUAUCGAGUCCCUGUUUGGGGCUUCCAUGACUGGAAUCGCCUACUCUAUUUUCGCGGGGCAGCCGCUCACCAUCCUGGGCAGCACUGGGCCUGUGCUUGUCUUUGAGAAAAUCCUCUUCAAGUUCUGCGCUGAGUAUGGCCUCUCCUACCUCUCCCUGAGGGCCUGUAUUGGCCUGUGGACAGCCUUCUUCUGUCUGCUGCUGGUGGCCACGGAUGCCAGCUCGCUCGUCUGCUACAUCACUCGCUUCACUGAGGAAGCUUUUGCUGCACUGAUCUGCAUCAUCUUCAUCUACGAGGCUCUGGAGAAGCUGCUCCACCUGGGGACGCAUUACCCCAUCAAUAAACACAACAACCUGCAGACUCUCACUCAGUACUCGUGUGCGUGUGUGGAGCCCAUAAACCCCAGCAAUGACACUCUGCAGUUCUGGGAAGAGAAAAACAUCACAGUCUCGCAGGUCAACUGGACCAUGCUGGAGGUCAAGGAGUGCGAGAUGUUUCACGGGGAGUUUGAGGGUACCGCCUGCGGACCCCAUGGCCCCUACGUCCCGGACGUCCUCUUCUGGUGCGUGGUCCUGUUCUUCUCCACCGUCCUCAUGGCCGCAUUCCUCAAGGAGUUCAAGACGAGCCGUUACUUCCCCACCAAGGUGCGCGCCAUCAUCAGUGACUUUGCUGUGUUCCUCACCAUCCUGACUAUGGUUCUUGUAGAUUACGCCCUGGGGAUCCCCUCACCUAAAUUACAGGUCCCCAGCAAGUUCAAACCCACCAGGGAUGAUCGUGGCUGGUUGAUAAACCCUGUGGGGCCCAACCCCUGGUGGACCACCAUCAUCACCUUCCUCCCUGCUCUCCUCUGCACCAUCCUCAUUUUCAUGGACCAGCAGAUCACAGCCGUCAUCAUCAACAGGAAGGAGCACAAACUAAAGAAAGGCUGUGGCUACCACCUGGACCUGUUUGUGGUGGGGGUGAUGCUGGGGGUGUGCUCGGUGAUGGGCCUGCCGUGGUUCGUGGCAGCCACCGUGCUCUCCAUCUCCCACGUGAACAGCCUGAAGCUGGAGUCGGAGUGCUCGGCCCCCGGAGAGCAGCCCAAGUUCCUGGGCAUCCGAGAGCAGCGCUUCACCGGCCUCAUGAUCUUCACCCUGAUGGGCUGCUCCGUCUUCAUGACCUCUGUGCUAAAGUUCAUCCCCAUGCCUGUGCUGUACGGAGUCUUCCUCUACAUGGGGGCUUCCUCCCUCAGAGGCAUUCAGUUCUUUGACCGUCUGAGGCUGUUCGGCAUGCCGGCCAAACAUCAGCCAGACUUCAUCUACCUUCGGCACGUCCCUCUGAGGAAGGUGCACCUCUUCACCAUCGUCCAGCUCACCUGCUUGGUCCUGCUCUGGGUCAUCAAGACCUCCAAGGCGGCCAUCGUCUUCCCCAUGAUGGUCUUGGCUCUGGUGUUUAUCCGGAAGCUGCUGGAUCUCAUGUUCACCAAGAGAGAGCUGAGCUGGCUGGAUGAUCUGAUGCCCGAGUGGAAGAAGAAGAAACUAGAGGACGCAGACGAAGAGGAGGAGCACAGUAUUAUUGCAGAGGAAGAAGGCAUUGUACAAGUGCCAAUGGAGGGACACCUCAAGUAAGUCAUUUCAUUGCAUUUAACCC